AUGGAUGCAACACGAAGAUGGGACCUCACACACGUGAAGAUCCACAACCUGCAGCAAAGGUUCUUGAGGAGCGGGGACUGUGAAGCAGUGUCCCAGUACCACAAGAGUCCACAUCAAGGCACACAGAUAACGGAACAAAACACCAACCAGCAACAACGAUGGGAAAUGGACAAGAAACAACAGAUCAGUCUGAAUAUUACUGAACUGGAAGAAGAAGAAUUUUCUGCUGCCAGGAUGCAGUGGAAUUUCCACGGGAAGUCAUCACUAACUUCGUCAACUGGUGUGGACCACCUGCACAUCAAUGCCGGCAAGACGAAGGAGAUGGUGAUAGACCUCUGCAGGACAGCACCACAGACUAAAUCGGUGUGCAUUCAGGGUUUUGAGAUUGAGAUCGUGGAGAAUUUUACAUUCAAUCCAAAGGAAGGGAUUGAUAAUCCAGCUCUGGUCAUCACUGAUGAUCCUGAGCCUGAUCAGAGCCCGGUUCCCAGACUGUGCCAGCUGAAGCGUCUGGAGGGACAGAGCUUUGGAUUUCACCUGCGGAUGGACCAGAAAAGUCAGGGUUUUGAGAUCAAAAAUGUGGAGCCGUGGAGUCCUGCAGAGCACAGCGGGCUCAGAGAUGGAGACCGAGUGCUGGAAGUCAACGAGGAAUAUGUUGAAAACAUGGACUUCUACAGGUUGGUGAGGAAAAUCCAGUCAUGUGGCUUGUACCUGUUUGUCCUGGUGUUGGGGAGAGAAGAGUAUAAACAGGCAGUGUCUAUUGGUGUGGACAUGCAGACACUGGCCAAAGCCUCCAAAGGUGACCACUGGUCCAGACCCAAACUAUGUCACAUCCUCAGACACCCAGAGCAUGGCCUGGGGAUGGCCAUCUCAGCACAAGCAGGUCAGAAGGGUCAGUAUGUUGUGAGCACAGUGACUGACAGUCCAGCAGAGAAAGCUGGUGUGUGCACUGGAGACAGACUGAUCUGGAUCAACGGAGUCAUGGUGUCACAGCUUACGCACUCCAUUCUCAGCAGAACUGUGAAGAGGAGUGGGGACUCAGUGACAGUGCUUGUCAUCGAUAGUGAGAGUGAGUGUUGCUAUGUCAGGAGGAAGAUGCCUAUCUUGCCUGUGGUGGCAGAAUGUCGCAGUCUCCCACACAUUGCCAAGACCAUGCACCUGGUUAAAGGCCACAAUGGAUACGGCUUCCUGCUGAGACAAGAGAAACUGGCAGGCACUCGACGGAUAGUUCAUGUCCUGAGGGAGGUAGAUGUGGAGAGUCCAGCUGAGAGGGCAGGGAUGGAGGAUGGAGACCUGCUGCUAGCUGUCAAUGGGGAACCUGUUGAGUCUAUGGAGCAUGAAGACAUUGUCAAGAAGAUCAGACAGAGUGGUGAUAAAGUCAUCCUUACCUCUAUAUCUAUACCAGGAAGAGACUUUUACAGAGAGGCAUUUCUCCACUGUUGUUCGAUGACCAAUGUACACUCCUGGAUGACAAACAGCAGACUGUCUCCCACUGCACUAAGAACCAAAAUGGAACUCCUCUGA